AUGAUGUUGCAAAAUCUUACCACCAAAUGCCAACGCCUCACCAAUCUGAAGCACGAUACGACUAUGAUCACUUCAAGCAGCUGUGUACACGCAAUAAACUCCAGUGUGUCAAAGAAAUCCGAUAAAAAGCGCGAUCGAAAACAGAGCAAGCCUAUCACAAGCGGCUGGCAUUGCAGUGAAUGGCGUUUUGCUCGUUAUUGCUGUUUUAAGCGUCAUAAAUGUUCCAGAUGCGACCGUCCCACACCCUCGUCUGCCGGUACCCGAAAACUAUUUGUGUUGCGAACUCCACUAUACCGUCUUUUCCUCGCUAUCCACAUCCCACACCCGAAACAUUGUCCCAGGCUCAACGAACAACAUACGUCAGUGGUCGCGGUUGCAGCAGAUUUUCCGCUACGUUGA